AUGCUCAGACUGUAUAAAAAUAGUGGGUUGGGUAAAAGGAUAUCAUCAAAUCCAAUACAACCAAGGCUAUUUCUAAAUAUAGUAAAUUAUUAUAAAAAUGAAAACAAUAACAACAAUAACAAUAAUAAUCAAAGAUCAUUUUCAACCAAUUUACCAUUAAUUAAUGAUGUUAAAAUUAAAAAUAAUAAUAACGACAAUGGUAAAGCUAGUUUAGAUGACUUUCAAAAAUUAUUUGGUGAAAAUAAAGAAAAUGAUGAAUUUUUUUCAAAAUUAAGUUGGUCAGAUGGUAUUUUUAAUCCAAUUGAUGAUAGUUUAAUUUCAUUUAAUUUGGAUGACGCUGGUGGUUUUAUUCGUGCACCGAAAAAUUUUGGUAAUAUCAAAUAUCGACCAAAUCGUAUCAAUAUUGAUCAUUUAAAAACGAGAAAAAGAAAUAAAGAAUUUGAAAUUUAUAAUUCACUUAAACCAAAGAUGACCAAAAAAGAAAUUGAAAAAAUAUUCAAUACCAAUGUUGAGCAACGACAACAUCAACUACAAAAAUCUACACACAACAGCAACGACAACACUAACAUCAAUAAUAAUACCAAUGAUAAAAAUAUAUGUAUAUUAGAAUCAAUUCAAACUUGUAUAGAUAGAUUUUCAUUUUUAAUUAAACCUGGUGAAUUGAAACCAUUUGAUAUUGUUAUGGUUUAUAAUGGUGAUGAAUUUCAUUCAAUUACUUUUGGUUAUAUUGAAGCUAUUGAUUAUAUUAAUAAUACAUUAAAAAUUGUACCAUCAACCAUUAAUAAUAAUAAUAAUAAUAAUAAUAAUAAUAAUUUAUCAAAAAAAGAUUAUUUAAUAACAGAUAUUUAUUGUUGUUUACCAUUAUCAGUUUAUAGAGAGAAUUUUGCUGAUAUUUAUGAUGAAUUUUUAAAAUCAUUACUUGAUAUGGAAAUAGUUUCAAAUCAAGAUGUUGAAAGUUUAUAUAAUUAUUUGAAUGAACAACAAGAACCAAUAAUAGUUUCAGAGAUUAUUUUAAAUUUCGUUUGUCAAGUAAUUUUAAAAGCUCAAGAACAAUUUUCAAAUAGAGAAUUAGAAUUUUUUAAUAAAUAUGGUAAAUCAACAAAUUCAGCAACUGAUAGUGUACCAAAUAAAGUGAUUAAUGGUUUAUCGGUGCUUGGCAACAUUGAUGAUUGGAAUACUGGAAUGAAUAUUCAAAACGAUAUUGAAUUGAAUGAAGCCGCAAGAAAAUUCUAUGAAAACAUUAGAUACAAAUCACCAUGGUCUGAUAUUAUAUUAUAUUUCUCAUUUAUUUCAACCGUAUCACAAAAUGUUCAUUACAAAUUGAAAUCAUUCGAUUACUUUCAAUUCAUAAAGGAAGAUGAAUUUUUAACGACUUUACAAAUUAAUACACUCCUUCAAAAUGAAUCAAAUUUUAAGUAUAUGUUAAUAUUUCAAAAGUAUUGUUUAGAGUUUAUGCUAAGCAAUGUAGAUGGUUUCAAUAUGGAUUCACCUCAUCUAAAUGAGACUUCAAGAUCAAUUUUAAAAGAUAUUUCCAUACCCUCAUUAUCAAGUCAUAAGAAUUGGUUGAAACUAGGCCUGGAUUCGUUAUCAGGUUAUCAAAAAACCGACCCAUUCAUACCAAGUGAAUUCUUUACAGAUUAUUUAGAUACAUUCAUUGAGUUACUUCACUUUAAUAAUCUUUCACGAUCACCAUCAAAUAGUUUAAAUGAAAAUAUAUCUAAAUAUCUUUUAGGUGAAAUCAUUAUCAAUGGUAAACAAUUCACUGAACCAUUAUGUGAAAACUUAUUCCAAAGAUUUAAACCAUUCAAAACCUCUUCAGAAUUUAAAAUGUUUUAUGAUGACUCAAUUCAUUUGAAAGAGAUACCAGAAACUAAAAAGAAUAAAGAAAAAUUCGUGUUUGAUCAUCAAAGAGUACUUAUAAAGAAAUUGUCAUUUUCAUUCAUUGAUAAUAAUUACAAUAAUAAUUGUGAUGCCAAUUUCUAUGGUGAAGAAAGAAUUAGAAUUAGUAGUCCAGAACCAUCCAUUGGUAUACUUGAUAAAAAUGAUGGUUCAAACUUCGUAGUGUUUGUAAAUAUACCAGAUUUUACUGAUUCAGUUGAAAAAUAUUCAAAUUUAGAUUCAAUUUCAAUGCUUAGAAGUCAAUCUAUAGAUUUACCAAAUAAAAGUUAUAAAAUGUUACCAAUUGGUACAUUGAAAGAUCUCAAACUUUAUGAAGAUAAGAAAAUUGGUUUCAAUAAAAAUAAAUAUAGAUCAGAGGAUUCUCUAAAUUAUGAUACUGCAACUGCUAAUCCUUAUUAUUCAAAAGUUGGUUUCGAUGAAUCCUAUAAUAGAAAAAAUGGAAAUAGAUGUCUCUCUUUGAUCAUUACAUUCGAUGGUAAAAAUGAUAAAGUCCUCUCAUUUGAAAUACUUCCUUCAAAUGUACAUAAAAUUAAAAUCAAUACAUUUUCAAAAUUCCAAAAAAUGAUUAAUCAGGAAUUCGUUGAAAAAGAUAAAUCAAUUUAUGAUUUAUUAAAAUUAUAUAGAAUUGCAAAAGUUUUAAAAAAAAGAAGAACUGCUAUGAAAAAUGCCGACCAAAAUCAAAUUAAACAAAACAAUUUAGAUUCCAAAUUUCUCUUUAAUAAAAGCAAAACUGUCAAAGAAAAAAAUAGAAUUAAAUUAGAUCAUAUCAAUCCAAAUUCUCAAGCUAGAAUAAUUUAUGACGAGUUUAAAUAUUUAACAAAUCAUUUAGUUGCAAAAUAUUCAUUAGCUCUUAAUAUAAAUACAAUUCCAUUAAUCAUACCAAAAGAAGCUAAAGAAAAUUAUGCUAAUUUUAUAAUUAAUAAUCAAAAUCAAUUAGAAUCUCUAGAAAAUAAUAAUAAUAAUAAUAAUAAUAAUAAUAAUGAUAAUAAUAAUAUUUUUAAUAGACCAUUUAUUACUUAUCCAAUUAAUGAAACUGGUUAUAAUAUUUAUACAAAUGCAUUCUCACCAUUAAGUAAUUAUUUAGAUUUAUAUGUAGCAAGAGAACUUAAAGAAUAUAAAAUGAAAAGUCAGUCUGAUGAAUCUUCCAAAAAACAAUCACCUGAAGAUUUAAGUUAUGCAAAUUAUGCUAAAAAUGCAAUUUUCCCAUAUUUAGAAAAAAAUUUAGAUCAUUUAAAUCAAUUUAAACAAGAAAAUAAUAAGGAGUGGUCAAAUUUGUAUCGUUUACAAGAAUAUUAUAAACAAAAACAAGAAGAAGUGGAAGAAGAGGAAGAAGAGGAAGAAGAGGAAGAAGAAUAA